AUGGCAGACGCAUCUCCCAGCUCGAAUGGAGUAGUGACGGAAGGGGAUGGAAUUGUGGGCGCGAGCGCGAGCGAGAGCGAGAGCGCACCAGAGGUACAAAAGGGCAGUCCCAACGACUUUUUGAAGCGUGAGUGUGGGGAGGAGAGAGAGAGAGGUAGAGGCAGAGAGCAGGGAGGGCAACAGCGGGGGGUGACAAACAGCGUGGGUCAGGCCGCGUGGGUGGAGUCAAAGGCGUAGGGGCGAGAGGAGCGCGAUUGGCACGAGCGCGGGUUGUCACUCGCUCCGCUAGACUGCCGCUCACACUCGCCCACUCUCGCACGCGCCAGACGUGAUCGGCAAAGCAGUCGUUGUUCGCCUGAGCUCGGGGGUGGACUAUCAUGGCAUUUUGACGUGCUUGGAUGGGUACAUGAACAUUGCGCUGGAAGACACGACGGAAUGGGUGGAGGGCAGGCAGAGAAAUGCUUACGGUGAUGCGUUUGUGAGGGGCAACAAUGGUGAGUGUGCGUGCGGGCGGAGGGGUUGGCCCAAGGGCUGACAUGGCUUGGCAUCGGGAGCGUGAGUGGGCCCAAGGGCUGACAUGGUUCGGCAUCGCAUGUGCCCCCCUCCAGUGCUGUACAUCACCGCAGCUUAA